CCCGGUCUCCAUGCCUCUUGCCUCCUGUCUCCACCUCCCCCUGUACUGCCCUCCCUCUCCCCUGGCUCCUAUUCAUAUUGCAGGUCAGGGGUGAGUCCCCACGUCACGCUGGAAGAUGGCGGCCGGUCGGCUGUGAGAUGAGGAGCUCGGGGCUUCGCUGACAGAGCCGUUCACAUGCAGUAAGGAAGAUUAUAUAAAAGGAAAAGGUAGAAAUGGAUCUGCCAAACCAUGCCAAACAACUGCUGCUUCAGUUGAACCAGCAAAGAGCCAAAGGUUUCCUCUGUGAUGUCAUUAUUGUAGUGGAAAAUGCCCUGUUCAGAGCCCACAAAAAUAUUCUUGCUGCCAGCAGUAUGUACUUCAAGUCCCUUGUUCUCCACGACAACCUGAUUAAUUUGGAUACAGAUAUGGUGAAUCCAUCAAUUUUUCGGCAGAUCCUAGAUUUUAUCUACACUGGUAAACUCUUGCCAUCUGACCAGCCAGGAGAGCAGAACUUCAAUGCUCUUCUUACGGCAGCAAGCUACCUCCAACUCCAUGACUUGGCUGCCCUCUGUCGGAAGAAGUUAAAACGUAAUGGCAAGCCAUUUGUUGGGAAGCUUGGACUGCCCAGUAUUGGGAGGGUUGGAAGGAGUCAUAGGCUUUCCUCUCCCCAACUAUCCCACUUACGCUUCCCUGUGUCUGGAGAUAGCACCCAAGAGUCCCAUACUAAGGAAGUAUCCAAAGCGGCAGGGCCAGAUGAAGAGCUCUUGGGUGCCUCUAAGCAGGAGAAUUGUCACUCCCUAAAUCGUAGUAAUGGAAGUAGCAGCAGUUUAAAUAACAGCACCAAUGGGAGUGACCUAGACCUAGGCCUUGAUCUUUCCAAAAAAAGCCCGUCCUUACCCACACAGGAGGAUUCUGUGCAUUCAGACAGUCGUGUAGGUUCUCCCCAGUCUGCCUCAGCAUCACUAACCAACAGUGCCUCAUACGAAGAAUCCACUCUCCCAAAAAGAGACCUCAAUGAAUCAAUGGAGGUGGAAAUGGCAGAAGAGAACCACUCUGAAGCAGGUCCAAAGAAAAACCUCCGCCAUUCUUCCCGCAAGAAGGAGUGGACCAGGAAGGAGGAAGAAAAGCCUGUUGAUGAAGGGGCAGAGACUAUGCCUAAUGGGGUUAUUGUGGGACCCCUAUCAAAGGAGAGGAAUUCAGGUGGGGUUUAUGGUGCUGAGCAAAGUUUUCAGUGCAAAGACGAGGUGGAGAAUGGAAAGGACAACAGUGAGGAGAGUGGGCAAAGUGAGAGUGAGUGCAGUGGACAUCCCAGUGCUAACUAUGUUUACCGGCAAGAUGGGUUUGAGACUGUGCCAUUUGGGGACAACUUGUAUGUCUGUAUCCCCUGUGGGAAGGGCUUUCCAAAUUCUGAACAAUUGAAUGCUCACGUGGAAACGCACACUGAAGAAGAGCUUUAUAUCAAAGAAGAGGACUCUUACAGUAAAGGGGAAGCAGAGGACCUUUCCACACCUAAUACGUUUACUAAUGAAUCAAGGCCGUUCAAGUGCACUGUGUGCGAGCGAAGCUACAAGGAUCCAGCCACUCUACGGCAGCAUGAGAAAACCCAUUGGCUGACCCGUCCCUUUCCCUGUAACAUCUGUGGUAAAAUGUUUACCCAGAGGGGGACCAUGACCCGUCACAUGAGAAGUCACCUUGGGCUCAAGCCUUUUGCUUGCGAGGAGUGUGGGAUGCGUUUUACUAGGCAAUACCGAUUGACCGAGCACAUGCGUGUCCACUCAGGGGAAAAGCCCUAUGAAUGUCAGCUCUGCGGGGGCAAGUUCACCCAGCAGCGCAAUCUGAUCAGCCAUCUGCGUAUGCACACAUCUCCUUCAUAAACCAAAGACUAUUUUGACAUCCUAAGAAUGUGCUCUUCAAUGCACACAUACACACAAACCGAUUUACCUUCCUGAUGACUUGCUGCUUUAAGGGUACCCUGUUUUCCAGGUUGGUUGCAUCAUUAAUGGUGAGGAAUGUAAAUGUUUCCUUUCACAAGAGCUUUAAGUUAUAACUGACAACCUUGGAAUCUCAAAUUAUGGUACGAAGGAAGCCAAUUUUAGUUGCACCUUGGCUUUCCUCUACACAGGACAAAGAGCUUUGACGGGAAAUCCCCAUCACGUCUCCUGUCAUUUUCCACAUUCUCAGCACCUACAGAAAGACAUCAAAUGCUAUCUUGUAAAGAGCUGGCUGCACCCUGCUUAAAUAGGGCUGUUUGUUCUGAUUAGUACAGAGGUUGUGGCAAUUAGGUUUAUGAAAGGGUAGAGAGUGUUAUGUAUUUUCUCCCAGAGGGAUGUUAUCCAGCAUUCAGUAGUGCCCACCCAUCCACACCCGAGCACUACCCAUCUGUCCAGCCUUAAAAGGGUGCUGGUCUCCUGUAUUUAUUGUGAAUGAAAACCAAGAAAACCUCACAACUCUCAUCUGGUUAAUACUGAGGCCAUUAAGCUAUGGUAUUUUUUUCUUUUUUAAAACCAAUGUAGAGAUAAGUGGCCAAAAUUCUGCCAGGGCCAUUCUUUUUUGUCAUGGCUGUGAACCUUUGCAUGCUCCCUCUUGGUAUUUGGGGAAUUUCUUCUUUCUUCGCUCUUGUAACCUUUUUUUCUUUACGCUGACCAGAAAAGCUCUGCCCCAAGCAGGAUUAACAAAUAGAAACAAAAGUAGGGAGAAAUUUGUCAUAACCCAUUGUUUUCUUAUUAACAGGUACUUGUUUCUGUCCUGGGUAAUGCAAACUGCUCAAUUAUAAUUUAAUCUGAAAUUUUGAACUGGAAAUUUGAGGUUAAUUUAUUUUAAUGCGAUAUUGGUCCAGUUCUUGUUAUCCCCUCAUGAAGCGGUUAGGAGUAUCCUAUUUAGAUAGAACCCUCAUCUGUGCAGUGAGGGGCUGCUUGGGCAGGGUUAGGUUAUGAGGUGUUGCACAUAGUUUGAAGUUAAGGCAACAGGACAGGAUCAUGGAUUCCUGCUUCUAAUUAUCUGUGUGGUCAGAGGUACCAGCCAUGUUUCUUUUCCUGGCUCCUUUUGCAAUAUAGUUGAUGAAAUCACAGCACUGGUUCAGGGUUACUUCUGAAUAUCCCUACAAGGUACUACCAUUUUGUGUGUGUGUGUGUUAUAACCUGUCCAGGGUACUGUGCAGAGAAAUUGUACAGUGGAGUGAUACAAUGGACUGGUCAUUUUUUGCUACCUCUUAAAUUCUUGUUAGCUAAGAUGGUUUUACUAAGACGCUUUCAAGUAGACCUUAAUGUAAUUUUUUUUCAAGUAAAUGUAUAAAGUUAGGACAUUUAAAUUAAAUGAGUGUAAUGAGAAUAAAAAAACAAGCAGUUCGCAAAUUACCACCUGCCCCGCCACUCAUGCCCACGAAACCUAAAAUCCAAAGAAUUGAGUAUUCCCAUCUUUCUUUAAAAAUAAGAUUGGGGCUCAAGGGUAACUGUGCUUUGGCCUACUGAAUGUACUUCCCCAUCCAAAAAAACAAACAAAAACCUUUAGUAUGUGCCACAUAUGUUAUGCCAAAUAUUUUUGUAUACUGAAUAACCAAAACUUAAGUAAUAUUGUGGCAUAUUUUAUAACAGUAUUACAAAUAUUGCCAGAAUAAUCCCAAUUUGUAGCUCCAAUCCAAUUUUUCUUUUCAUAGGUAAACCAUGUUUAAAGGUAGUGUAAGAUGAGAGAAUCCUGCCUACUAUUUUGUAUCUUUAGUUUAAUUAACAUUGUGCCAACUUUGAUUCCCCAGAUUUUUUUUUUUUACUAUACACCACUGCAUUUCUAGUCUUUGAUUCACUAAUGCAGUUGAUGUUUUGUAUAGCUUUCUGUAAUAGCCUAAAUCUGUAACCGUUCACAAUUAUAAUCCCUACAGUUCAACAUAGCUUGUGAUAAAUUUGGUGGGAGGGGAUUUGCAAACUCUACUAUAGAUCUUUAGUUAAAACUAUUAAAUAAAAUCUAAUGAACCUUUAACCAAAGUGUCUCCAUAAGCUCUCAAGAUGUGUACAAAUAAUUUAUCCAGUUACAACUGAAGUAGCACCAAAAUUUGGCUUCAUCUCCCUUUCUCAUCUUAUUGGCAUGCUUUGGGCGGGGUCGGUGGUGAAAGAAAUCUGUGUAGCGUUUACAUUUAUUUUUUUCCCUUCUUUCAAGAGAUAAAUCUCAUUUGUUUUUCUUUUCUUUUUUUUUUUUUUCUUUUUUUUUUUAAGACCAAAAUAAAAUACUAAGGAAUGAUAGAGGCAUGUUCUUUGCUGCAUACAGGAAGUUGGCCUGUUGCUGUUUGUUUUUGAAACAAAUACUUUUUUUUUUCCCUUUCUCGUCUCCUCCUUUCUACUUUGGCUAAAUGCAGUUUCAGAUAUUAACUAUGCAGCCCAUUUAAAGAGCUUGAACUGACACUGCAUGACUGAAUCUUUAGGCUUCACUGCAGUGUAACAAUGUGGAGAUGGAUUGUAAUACACAUACUGCAUAGCAAUACAAGAUAACAAGAUGUGGUGCCGCUGAUUGGAUAUAUCACAAUAAUGUGGCUAAUAACAAGGGACUGGUUUACUGGAUAUAACUGUCCAAUGCAUUUGUAGAAUAUGCCUAAAAAAAACCUUCAUUUUGCAACAAAGAAAAAGCCAGGCUUGGGACUGCAUCUUUAAUAUUUGGGAACUGGAUUUAAUUUAAGGUGUUGGGGAGGGUGAGCUGAACUGGUUGCAUAGAAAUGGGGUCUAUUUAUACAAAUUCCCUGACGUUGUUUUACGUUCCAAAGCAGGGUAUUCAUCGACAGCACUAUGUAAGAUGGAUACCCAACAGUAUUCAAGUCCUUUUGUGAACAAAUGUGACCAGUGUACAGCAAUGAACAAUUUGAUGAUUGCAAAUCCAUUUGUAUUUUAGAACUUUAGGUACAAUAUUAUUUACACACAUAAUUUCCUGUUCCAUUAUUUUCCUGUCUUUUAAAUUUUACAUUACCAUGGAAGAUGCAUUCUGCAGUCCCUUAAUCCUGCAAGAGCAAAAGUUAUGGUGAACACAUGGAUAUGAUAUAUAUCGGGGAUUGACAAAUUGUUAAAUUUCAGAGCCGGUAAAAAUACUGAGCUGGCUUCAUGGUGUUUUGCUUAUAUCCACAUCACUAUAGAUAUGAAAAGUUAAGCUCUCAAAAAUGGCUUCCUGGCUCCUGGAAUUUGUCAGUUUUGACAUGCAUCAUUUAUAUAUUCAUAAGCAUUUAUAUAUUCAUAUGCAACUAACCAGUACCAUGAAUAGUCCAUUGCGUACACAAAGUAGAAAGCAACCUGCUUAUCUGGCUUAUGACCUCUCCUUCCAGCAAAACACAUGUCUGACUGUCUCUUUUUUAUUCCUGAGUAUUGGAAACUUGACUCUCAGAAUUGUUUUUUGACAGGAAUAUUUUUUUUUGUGUUUUAAUAUAUUUCUUUCUCAGCACUUAAUAUCGACACAAAGUCUGUGUAUAGUUGAGUAUUGUACUUUUUUAUUUUUAUUAUUUUAUUGUGUAGGUGUGUAUUCUUUAGAAUGAAUAAAUAUAAAGGAGAAAAAAAAAACAUUUCCAAACUGUGACAACGUUAAAAAAAAUAUAUACUCAAACUUCAGGGACUGGCUACCUCUGGGCACCUAACUUUCAGCCACAUUUCUAAGACAUAGUAUUGUAUCAAACAUUUUCUGUAUUUUAUGAGAAAAAGCAAAACACUAGUUUCAUAUUUAAGAUUUUAAAUGUUUUGGGAGGCUUGGGGACCUGGGUAGAGUGGGGAGGGUAGAAUUGAGUUUUUUUCUGUAAUCAUAAUUGUACAAGGUAAAAUGCAGAAAAUGCUCAAUGUAUAAUGGCAGGCAGUUGAAAUCUGCUUGCUAAUUUCCUGUAUAUUUUUAUUUUAUUUUAUAUUUUUAUUUUUUUCGGAAGAACAGGAAACUGAACCAUUUUUAAGAUACAUAAAUAAGGAUGUAUUAUAAAUUCAAAGUUAAGUUUAAAAAAAAAAAUACAAAAAAAAAAAAGCUUGUACCCAAAUCCAUAAACUAUUUUUUAAACCAAAGCACAUUUUGAAGAAACCAACCGGACUCAGAAAAAAAGAAAAACAAAGUAACAAAUGGACUAUUUAUAUUUAUCUCAUUGUUUACAUAAAUUUUACAGUUUCAGACCUCAGCAACGGGCCAGCCAAAAUUAAUCUAAUAUUUUCCAUGGGCUUUUUUUUUCCAAACAUUUUUUUCAAAAUGUAAAUUAAAACCAGUUUGAAUUUCACAGAUACAGAUAUUAGGCUGAGAUGUUAAAGAAUGUUGUUAAAUUCUGAAAAUAAGCUAUCUCAGAAGUGUUUAAGAUUUAUAUUUCUUUAGAAUGAUUGUAUUAACCCCUUGUUCUGUUGGCUUUAUCUUAGAGUAUAUCAGAACUAAACCCUAAUAACUGUUAGACUGCAUCAUUACCAAAGUAUAUCUAUGUGAUACAUUUGCUUCUAGAUUGUGUUGGUUUCAGACGGAGUUUAAAAAACUGGAAGGUUAAAAUAUCUGUAGAUCAUAAAAUAUAGGCUGGAAGGAAUUUUCUGACAGUAUGUUUAACAUAAAUGUUUAUGUACACUUUUUUUUCGCGCCCCCCCCCCCCCCUAUAUUGGGUCAUAUGCCACGUUUUUUUAAGUAAAAAUAUAUAUAUAUCUAUAUAUAUAUCUAUAUAUAUAUAUAUCUGUUUAAAUUACCUUUCCACACCACCACUCCUAAAACAAUGAAGCUGUGAAUUUACUGUAAAUAUUUUUUGUAAAUUAGACCUUACAGUGAGUCAGUCCGCCCAGUGUUUAUAAGCAAAGGAAGCCUGCUGUCCAAGGUUAGUAAAGUUUGAAGUCUACUUAAAAAUGUUUGAUUCAGCACCUUUUGUGCAAUUGAGGUACCAAUCCUUGUUCCAGUUUUUUUCUUUUUUUUUUUCUGUGUGUGCUGGUGUCCAACAAAUUUUGUUAGUCUGUGUGUUUUGGCGGUUGUUGUGUGUUUUUUUGUUUAUUAUUUAAUAAGCUUUUCCAAAUGCAGUUUAGUGGAACCAAAUUUUUAUUUAGCUAUUUAUAAAUGACAUUCUCCAAAGCUCCAGCAAUACUUAAAAUAAAAAAAAUUACACCAAAGCAGCCUCAGAACCAAAGGGGUUAAUAAAUUAGAACUUCCCCCUUUUUUUUUUUUUUUUUUUUUUUCCUUUCAGAAAAUCAUUUUAGACUCUUGGAAAAUAAGAGAUUAACUUUGCCUGGUCUAAAAAAAUAAAAAAUAAAUUAAUCAAAGAUGGUGCAGACUUUUGCAGUGUUGUUAUUUUAUGUGCAGUUCUGAAUGUAUUUAUUUCACACCCCCUGUGUGUAAGGAGAAGGCAGUAAAGCCAGUCGGCUGUCAAUACUAAAAGGGGUAUGCAUGUAGGGCUAAACCUCCUUACUGCUACAGAGGUCUGCAAACAUUUGCAGAUGCUUUGCUGGUAUCAGAGUUGAAAACUACAGGAUGUAAAAAAACAUUUAAAAAGAAGGAAAAAAAAAAACGAAAUAUCCUCAGAGACUCAAAAUAGCCAUAAAUCAACAGGACUUUCUGUAGCUCUUCUGUUUAAUACUGGAUAUCUUCUGUAAAACAUUAUAUUUUUGUUAUAUUUAAAUGUUACAAUGUCACCUGCUUCAUUUGUUUAUAAAUAUUUGUAUAUAGAUUUUUCUUUGCAGGAUAUUUGUUAUUUUAAAUUCUCUCCACUUAUUUCUGUGUCGCAAAAAUGUUAUGGUAAUUCCUUCAGUCUUUCUUAUUCAGGUAGGAGCCUUGGAUGGGUGGAGACCUAGAUUUAAUUAAAGGAUGUGGCGUAAAAGCAUUAACUGAAAAAAAAAAUCUUCAAUCACCUUUUAAGGAUGGAUAGGACUGGAAACCCAGCAGUUUAUUUGCUAUUUCAUACUUUUGUUUUAGUGAAUUAAAAAAUGUAUUUGCCCCUGA